GGGUAUAAUUUGGCGAACGUUGGAUAGUUGCAUUUUGCGCAGAACCAGUUUUGUUAUUCAGUUGGCUGCCUAACGUAGGUUAAUUUAAUUUGCCAUGAAUCGAACAAGGCAAUCCUUCCUGCACGAUGAUAUCGAAACAAGAACCAGUUAGAUGAGGACUGGAGGUCUAUUCAGUUCGGGCUAUUAUUGAACAAGCUUAGUCUACGUGUAAUGCUGUUUAUCAGGAAUAACAUUAUCGUCGUCUGCAAAGAGACAUCUCACACAUUGCUCAGCAGGUCGUGGAAGGCAACUUCCUCAUAAGUCAAAUUCAAGAACCUGCUGCUAUACAUAAUGUUAUUGGAAUAAACUGAACUGUAUCCGCGUAGAAAUAGCCACAUAUUGUAUCAAUUUGUCGUUUUGCAGCUUAUGUACAUCAUAUGUAGCUUGGAUUUGGUUAUCUUUUUAAUUUCUUAAAAUGAUUAUCUCUUCCGGGAAAUUCUUGCAUAGCAAUUCGAUUUACGUGAGAACUUGUUAGAUCUAAAAACAAUCGAGAGCGCUUGUAUUUAAAGCUUAAAGUGGGAGUCACUUUCGACUUGCAGGCAUUUUUUCCAAAUUUGCAUUUUCCAAUAGCCGAACCCCUCCCCAGUGCCCAGCAGGUCGCGGUUCCAGGCCCGAAGUGGCCAUGCUGUCCAAGCUUGGUGCUGGUGAGCAGUGAACACGGUCCGGUUCUUGCCAUGGACAGCGUGCUGAGCAGCAGCCAUGACUCGCGGGCCACCCUCCGGGGCCUGGCCUCCAUCAAUCCCGGCUCCUUCUCCGCCCGAGUCGAGUCCUACGAGGCCGGCGAGAAGAAGUGCAUCUCCGAUGUCAGGAGGACCUUCUGCCUCUUCGUCACCUUCGACCUCCUCUUCAUCACCCUGCUCUGGAUCAUAGAGCUCAACGUAAAUGGAGGAAUCCAAGAGCAGCUGAAUAAAGAAGUCCUUCACUAUGAUUACCACGCUUCAUUUUUUGAUAUAUUUAUCCUGGCGGUGUUCCGCUUUGCGGCUCUCAUCCUGGCCUACGCCGUCUGCAAGCUGCGGCAUUGGUGGGCCAUCGCGAUAACAACAGCCGUCACUAGUGCCUUCUUGAUAGCGAAAGUCAUUCUCUCUAAGCUCCUGUCCCAGGGGGCCUUUGGGUACCUUUUGCCCAUCAUCUCCUUCAUCCUGGCCUGGAUCGAGACCUGGUUCCUGGACUUCAAAGUUCUGCCCCAGGAGGCAGAGGAUGAAAACCGGUUGCUGUCAGUGACAGACACUUCAGAGAGGGCCCCCCUCAUGCAUCCAGGGCCCCUGUCAGAUGGGCAGUUCUACUCCCCUCCCGAAUCUGUUGCAGAUUCAGAUGAAGACAUAGAGGAGAAACAUGACCACGAGAAGCCAGUUAUUUAGCAGGAAUACAAACUAGUGAUUGGGAGGAGCCUGCCGUCAUUGACAGCCCAGUGACUCAAGGUCUGGAAAGCCCAGAGUCCAGCGACAUUGGCUGCCCCACGUUCUGCAGUUGCCCUGGUUACCACUAUCCUCUCCUGUCAUGGAAGGUCACACUGCCUUACAACUGCUUCCGGCCUCUACUGUAUUCUUCAACCUGCAAUUAGUGCACUUACUUCCAACGCAGUCCAAUGUUCUCACCUUUUCUUCCCCAGACCAAGACAAAAAAAGGUGUAUCCCUUUUUAGAAAUGAAGUAUCUACGCUCUCGAGACAUAAAAAUGGAAAAAAAAUAAAUUGCGAAACAGUGUUGUGGCACACGUGUAAGCCCUUCCUGAUGUUUACAUUUUUAUAUGGUUAUUAUUUCAAGUUCACAAACAAGCCUUGUGAACACUGUGAUGGACGGAGUCGCCUUAGAGUUCAAGAUGCACGCAGUGCGACGCACUGGAUUUACCACGCAUGCCUCGAACGGACCUGCGUUGUCUUAACUCCUGUAUCCUCCCGGCAAAACGUCCGUUUCAAACACUGGCAUGUUUUAUUUUUACGUUUAUUUAUUAUAAUCAUCGCAACUCGGUGUGCUCUUCGAAGCUGAAAUUGACAAGCUUUGCGUGCAUGUAAACACGUACUGUAAAUAUCACUUAAGUCUCAGUAAAGCUGAGCGAUGCAUGGUCCCUUCUACAAAUCGUUUUCCUCUCGCGUCUCGUCAGAGACCGCGUGAAUCCCUAUCGCAUACUGUAGCUAAUGUUGCGUGUUGUGUGUGGAAUCCGAGACUUAUUCAUUCUAACUGAAAAAGACAGGGAAGCUACAAAUCUGGGAUUGCCUAAAAAUAAUUGUGUAAAGCAUUUUGACUGCCGUCAUUGAAUGGGAGGAUAUGUUCUACUGUUAUCGCUAUAUCUGAAACACAGGCAUCUCACAGGUGUCUUUUAUACCAGUGUUUUUCAUACUCGGUCCUGGGGGACCCCUUUGCAUGCUGAUUUUCAUUCCAACCACGAUUGCAAUUCCAUAAUUCUAACAAGCUGUUCAUUUAUCUUAAUUACACUUUCUAUGUUUUGAGGGAUUAUUUGCCUUCUUAGGAUACAUUAUAGCAGAAACUGCUAGGCAUGCAUGGAGAAUAAAAGUAACAAGGAACUGGGCUUGUAACCCAGAAGUUGCAGGUUCGAUUCUCGGGUAGGACACUGCCAUUGUACCCUUGAGGAAGGUACGUACCCAGUAUUGUUUCAGUAUUAUAUAUCCAGCUGUCUAAAUGGAUGCAAUGUAAAUGCUAUGUGAAAAUGUUGUGUAAGUCGCUCUGGAUAAGAGGGUCUGCUAAAUGCCUGUAAUGCAAUGUAGUUUGAAACUGAUUACAUAAAGAGAGGUAAAUAAUUUUGAACUGAUCACAUUAAAGACUAGGAUUCAUCAAUUUGCCCCUAAUUGCUUUGAUUACAAGCCAAACUUGUGUUUUGUGAAAACAAUGCACGUUUGACUAGUUAUUAUUUUCUUUGUCUUUGGAUUUUUUCAUAUCAACCAAAUGGCUAGUUUUAUUGGCCAUGUGUCCAUACUUUCUCCAAUUAGGAGCCUGUUGUUUCACCUCAGUCUUCAAUUUUAUUUGUUUUUAAAAGUACCUCUCUUUAUGUAGGCCUUAUCAUUUGCAGUAUAGCGCAAUGUGAAUAUUGGACUUCAUUACACACAUGGCAUGCAUAGGUAUUUCUGACACAAUGUAGUUGAAGAGGGUAAAUAAUCCCUCAAAAUAUGAGAAGUUGUAAUUAAGGAAAAUGAUCAGCUUGUUAAAAUUCUGGGAUUGCAGUUGUGGUUAGAACGGAAACCAGCAUACACGGGAGUCCCCUUGGGCUGCGUUUGAAAACCACCUGUCUAUACACCAACAGAUAGUUCUGUACAUGUUUUAUUACAUAGGUAGGUACAGCAUAUUAUUAGUAUGAAGUCAAGAGGCCCGGCAGAAACUCUCAUUAAAAAUGCCUCUCAAAACAUGUUAACCCUCUGAAUCAUAUGCAGAAUUAAAGUGAUCUAGAGGUUACUAUUAAAAUAACCCUUUCUUGUUAACUUGCAUACUGUAAAUUACAUGCUUCUAUAUAUUGUAUAUCAUAUAUAUAUAUAUAUAUAUAUAUAUUUACAAGGUGCCAAUAAAAUAAUUUGCCUGUUCUUAUUUCAUAUUUGUAAACAAUAGAGAACCAGUUCUUAUACUGAAGUACAAUUUUUUAAGGGAAUCGUGGAAUUUUGCUAAAUUAUGGUAUAUGCCAAAUUAUUGGUAAAUAAUAUUAGUGAAUUGGAUCCCAUGACUUCGUGAUUUUGACCUUAGAUGAUUUUUGAAGCAUAUAGCUGGAAUCAUUUUGGCGAGUUAGUGUUGCCAGUAUUGUGGCACACAGAAUGAACACAUUUAAUGUAAGUUGUCUUUACUGUAGCAUAAUAUAAAGAGAAAUGUGUAAUUAAAGGGGGUUUCAUUCACAGAAGGGCACACAUUAUUUUCAUGAACAGAAGUACAACUGUGUUACACAACAUGUCCAUGUUAUGUCAUCUCUGAAUGAGACAAAACAAUCUUGUUGAACUUACGACAGGGUAAUCGUAACAGUUUGUUCCUGAAAGCUAGGUCUUAACCUAACUGAAAUGUGUUUUGUCCCAGACUUUGAAUAGCUUUCAUUUCAGUGAUUUUUAUUGAAAUUAAUAAUUUAAAAUGUAUUUUUUAAAAUAACCUUUGCUCAGCUUUGUUACUCAAAGUUAAGGAUUCAAUGCAUUGGAUUUACAUUGAAUAAAGGCCUCAGUGAGAAAAUGCUUUACGCUUCUAUUGUCCCCGUAUAGAAUGACGAGACUGCACCUUUUAGCAUGAAUGUGCUAAAUAUUUGGAACAUUUAUAACAAUGUUUAACAAUAUUCUUUUCGUUCUUAAAGUUUCUUGCAGCUAUGGCACAUUUUACAUAAUAUUAAACUCUCCCUAAAAUGUGAAUGUGUGAGGAGGUCUUCCUUUCAACAAUCUUUGUUUUCAGUUUCAGUAGAUCACGUUGAUGAAAGAUUUCAGCUGCAUUUGGUAAAGCAUUGAAUAAUGAACUCAGAUUACACUGUAAAUCUAAAAUGACUGCCAUUUUUAAAGUGGUUCUCAGUUUUCUAUUUUGUUCCAUUUCUUCUGAACUACAGCUAUGAAAUGAAAUAACAUUCAUUUUGAUAUACUGUACGGUGUGCAUGUAUCCAAACUGCCAUCCUUACAGAAAGUAUGUUUAUUCAAACAGCACUGAAAAAUGUUUGCAUUUGCAUUUUGGGAAACAAAAUGACAAUUAAAGUUGAGGCUCGGCUGAACAUAAUGCUGCCGGCCUUAGUUUUUAACCACAGGCUUGUUAUAUAUGCAUAUUUCAAUAUAUGAUAAAAAAAAUUUAAAAAACCCACAAUGCCAGUAUUACAGCGACUGCAACAGGGACAUCACUUUGCUAUUCACAGUUAAAGAUAAAGAGCGAUUUAGGGUUAGACGGAAGCGUAGCUGUGAGAAACGUCUGUAUUUUCAUACGAUCAUGUGUCCAAACUGUUCAUUGCUUUAAAUGUACCUGAUUGACAAUAGUUGUGUUUGAGAAAACAAAAUGUGGAUAAGACGCUGUGGUAAUAUAGGGACAGAUAUCAGGAAGAGAACAUUGUGUGCAGGAGGUGAGAAAUCAUCCCCCUUUAAUGCAUGAAUGCAUGUUCUGUGUCCAGCUUCUCAGUCCCCGUCCAUUAAUAAAGUAUAUUUAUGUCUA